UGUUUACUAUGUGUUGGUGACACGACAAAAGUAGUGUCUCUUUGAUUCAUCUCUAUAUAAGAUGGGGAACGUUUACGGCUAUAUAGUUCUAUAGCAAGCUAAAGCUUUGUAGUUGUUGAAGAGCUAGCUAGCAGCAUAUAUAGAGAUGGCUUUGAGUAGCAGUACUACUGGCAAACUGGAGACUCUGGAGGAGGUGGUAGAGAUCAAAUCCUCAGCUGAUAAAUUGUACGCGAUCAUAACCACCGAGCACCAUAAUGUUCCCAAAGCCUCCUCUGAUCAUAUACACGACGUUGCAGUACAUGAAGGUGACUGGGAAACUUCUGGUUCAAUAAAGCUCUGGAAAUAUACCGUAGAUGGAACUGUUGAGACACUUAAGGAGAAGGUGGAGAUAGAUGAAGCAAACAAGAGGGUGAGUUUCACAGCAUUGGAGGGACAUGUGCUGGAGCAGUACAAAAACUAUAACAGUAUCAUUCAGGUCACUCCAAAGAGUGAUGAAGGAUCUAAUCUGGUCAAAAUUACUGUGGAAUAUGAAAAGCUUAAUGAAGGUGAUCAGCCUCCAAAUAAGUACCUUCGCUUUCUGGUCAAUGUCAUGAAGGAUAUUGAUGCACAUCUUAUUGCUUCUUAAUUGGACUAUACGUACACGUACGUGAAACUCCGGGUGAUCAUGAUCUAUAUAUUUAUAAGAAUAAAGGCUCGUGAUCAAUCUAGCUACUCCUGUUUGUUUGCCGUUUCCUGACUUGUUUCUUUAAGGUUUUAAGCAAGAAUGAAUUGGAUGUAGUAUUAUGAUCAAGUUUAAAAACGAAAGUAUUAAUUAAGGUUCAAAUGAUACUUAUG